UACAAGUUGCUUAAGCGGGACAGUUCAUAGGCAGAACGAGUUUAGUUUUCUAUCGGUGGAGGUCGCCCGCCGUACUGCUGUGGGGGUGAUCCACACUACUUUCAAGUGUGCCGUCGAUGGGUUUGACUAGAAACACAGACGCCCACCUAUCCGCUCUAUCCGACUCACUUUCCACCGAGCGCUGCAAAAUGGCGGCCGCUUCAUCCAUCCAGCCGCCGACCGUACACGCGACGAAGCGGGAAAAUUCACCUCACCCGGAGUCUGACAGCCCCGCGAGCCGACAGGAUGACGACGCAGCAUCCGAGGGGUUCGCCAUCCUCAGAGAUCUACCGGAACUGGACCCGGAGGAGAUUGAAAGACGUUUGGAGAAAACUCGCAGAGAGCUGAGCAACAGGAGGAAGAUCCUUAUUAAGAACCUGCCACAGGACACCACUAACCAGGAAGUCCAUGACAUUCUACGUGAGUACGAGCUCAAAUACUGUUUCGUGGACCGGAACAAAGGAACAGCCUUCGUAACUCUUCUAAACGGUGACCAGGCACAGGAUGCCAUCCGAAAUCUGCACCAGUCAUCAGUCCGCGGCCGUGACAUCACCGUCCAGCUACAGCCCACGGACUCUCUCCUGUGUGUCACCAACCUGCCGUACACAGUCACUGCCACCCAGUUUCAGGAGCUGGUGCGGGCUUAUGGCAACAUCGAGCGAUGUUUCCUGGUGUACAGUGACCUUACGGGACACUCCAAAGGCUACGGCUUUGUGGAGUACAUGAAGAAGGACUCAGCCUCCAGGGCACGGUCAGAACUCCUGGGCAAACCUUUGGGCGACCGGGCACUUAUGGUGCAAUGGGCCGACGUCAACCAGCUGACCUCUACUGACCACCUUCACUCCAAGUGCCUGUGCGUGGAUCGCCUGCCGCUAGACUUUGAAGAUACAGAGGAGCUGGCGCAGAUUUUUUCAGAGCACUACAGAACUGUCUUCUGCCAGAUGGCUCAGGAUGAGGGGAGUCCAGUCCGAGGUUUCGCUGUCGUGGAGUACGAGACGGCGGAGCAGGCUGAAGCUGUUUUGCUAGAGAUGGACAGACAGCUGAUUCAGGGUCAGGAGAUUCGCCUGUCUCUCUGUCCUCCGGGAACCUCUGGGCGCAGCACGCUCGCUGCCCUCAUCGCUGCUCAGGGUGUGAUGUUGAGCAAUAAGAAAGGCUUGCUGCCUGAACCCAAUUUGGCCCAGUUCCUCAACAGCAUGACCAAUCCUGCUGCUCUCCAGGUCCUUAUGAGACCCUACCCUUCCAGCAAAAGAGGAGGAAAGUUUGGUCGACCUCAAAAUCUCCCGUUCCUACGCCCACCGCUCACGGCAGCUUUGCUACAGUUGGGAAAAGCACAGCAGAGUGCCCUUCUAGGUAAUGGUCUUGUUCUUCAGAAUCUUCUCCACAUGCAGAUGGCCCAACAACAGCUCUUACAGAUCAAAGACAAGCACGUUACUAAUGUGAGGGUGCCGGGUUUGUUGGGCGACCCUUCCCGACUUCUCCUGCAGAAAGUUUUGGGUCUUCGUGCUCCUACGGCGGUUCCUCAAGGGAAGGGGUUGCUGGGAGAUUCCCCAACAGAGUUAGGCCAGGACUCUUCUCCAGUCACAUCCCAAGGAGGGAGCUCAGGGGCUGGAAUUGUGUCACAGAUACCUGGGCGUUCACACAGAGGCUCUGCUGCUGAGCAGAACGGAGUCACAGCAAUAUCAAUGGCUGGGGAGAAACAGCCCACACCUCCAGGAACAACAGGGGGAUCUGUAUGCAGCCAAACCCAGCUGCAAAACCUCCUCCCUGGAGUUAACACACCAAGUUUGGCUCCAUUGCUGGGAAACACAACGCACAAACCUCUAGCCAAUCACCACAGCACAAGUCCACAGACUGGUACUUCUGUUACAACUCAGUCCAGUUGUCAGACAUCUCUGUUAGGAGACCCACCUAAAGAAGUCAAGUUGCCUUCCAACCCAUAUCUAAACCUGGCAAGUGUGCUUCCCGGAGUGGUACUACAAGCACCCUGCAACAGUAAACCUCAGACUGUGCAGACUCACAGUGGGACAUACAGUGCAGUCCUGCCCCCUGCCUCUCACCAACCCGGGCAAUAUAGUGCAGAGACCACACCUGCUGAAUACACUCACCAGUACGCUCAGCAAUACACACAGGAAGCCAUGCAGCAGUGGUACCAACACUACCAAGCACAGACCUAUGGCAACAACCAAGAGACCACUGCAGUACCAGAGUGCACAAAGGAGCAACCUCAGGUGGUGGUGACCUCCUCAUACGGAGACUACAGUUCCUACAUGCACGCUGUCAGUCAAUACUAUUCUCAGACGCAGAUGAGCCAGACAGCUGCUCAAGUCUACCAGCACCGAGAUGUCAGCAAGGAGGUGGAGGUAAAGGCGCCCAUGAGUGCUCCUCUACACAGCUCUCUGAACGGCAGCGCACAGCCUCUUCUACCUGCUUACAGUGCCCUUCCCAUCAUGCCUGGCUUCAUCACACCUACACACACCCACACUGCCAAUCCGGCUACGGUCACAGACUGGAAUCAGUACUAUUAUAGUCAAGCCCGAGGGCAGAAGCGAGAAUACCCCACACUGCCAACACAGGAAGUGACAUCAGAGGGACCGUAUGUAGGCCAGCACUCGCAGGGUCUCGGGGGCCAGUACGCAGAUUACUUCAAAAAGAAGAGGAUCUAACACACGCACGCACACAUAUCUCCGUGUUACUGUUGUCAUGUCUUGGCCUUAACUCGCCUAUAGCUGAUAUUUAUAAUUUGAUUGUAUAUUUAGAUUUUUGAACGUUAUGGUCAGGGUUUGUUUUUAUCACUGACCAUGUCCCAUAUGAUAUAACAGACCCCCGUACUCCCCUGUGUGCAAGUUUUACUGUAAAUGGUUAAGGGCUGAUAAAGAUAGAGCUACACUCAGAGAAUAACAUUCAUUCAAUUUUUUCUCAACCCGGGUAGGCCGAUGUAUAUUGUAUAUUCUGCGAAAUGAGUGUAUUUUUUACAGUGUACAGAAUGACGAAAACCUUAAUAUUACGUAUUGCUUAACGUGUAAUAUUUUCAUUGAGGAUUUGGGAAGCGCAUAUAGUUGCGUACGAUUAACCGUUUGUGUGCGUCCUAAAACAAAUGUUUCUGUACAUACUGCUGUAUCUGUUGGAAAGAUCAGCCAUUCUGAAUACUUCAGGAGCCUUAAAACACAGACAUGGCUUAGGCAAUAACCUCGAUUUACACUGGAGAGACUAAAAAAUAGACUUACCUCUGAUGAGGAAGGAUCGACCGCCCCAUAAUAUACUUUAAGCGCUAUAUGCUGCCAGAUUUCUUUUGGAAGAGUAAUAAUACAGUUAUAGUAGUAAUAAUCAGCUGUUGAAAGAGGUCCGAGUGGUAAUGUAUGGGCCUUAUAUGUACAGUAAUGCCAGUGCUCUGUAAUUCUGGGGUUUCAUCUCUUUAUAAUCUUUAAUGGAGUCUUAAAAGUGAACGUUUUAAUGGGUAUCUUUGUUGUCCAGUUAAAAUAUAUAUAUAUAUGGCUUGUUUAAAGGAUGUACUACAACUGCUUAAAGACAUGUUCUCAGAGAUUGGCUUGUUUGAUCUCGUACUAUAAGCAUCAAAACAAUUGCCAAAUCUAUAAAGGUAUACGCUUUAAAUAGGUGAGACAGAUCUGCCAAAAAAAAUAAAAAAUAGAUUCAAAAAGGCACUGGAAAACAAGAUAUUUAUUAAGCAUUGGAUUUUUGCUUUAUUAUGAGUGUGCUUUAUUGGUUUGUGGUUGGAUGCAGUCUGCCAGUAGAUUGCUGUUGGCUUUGUUACUGCAUAGCACGUACAGACCUGGCACGUUCAUGUGUUCGAUUAAGGCAGAGUGCCUUUGUUUUUCUACUCUUUUAAAGCAAUCAUCUUGUUUGUGCGCUCUCUAAAAGCCAUUCUUUUACCUCUACAACAGCCUGACAAUAGAUUCGAGGAGCCUGCGUUAUUGUGUCCUAGUUAUCGACUACUAUAAAGACAAUCCCUGUAUCUCAAAACCUAAACACAGAGGCCUUUUUGAGGGAAUACUAACGAUAAGAAUAAACAAAAGCCGGCUUUUGGUUUGAGAUUUGUUCGUUUCCAAAAUGAAGACAUUACAGGGAUUAUUUAAAAGGAAAACCUCACAGUUUUUCAAUAUUUUACUAUGUUCUUACCUCAACUUCGAUGAAUUAAUACAUCCUUAUUUUUUUAAUGCG